AUGUGUGGGCUCCUAUUGUGCCCAGGUCCUGAGCUGCGUUCCAGAGGUGAAAAGGUCGGGCCCCUACAGGUGGGCGCUUUCGAGCCCCGGGCCAACGUGCGGGCCCCGCGCCCGGCUGCCGCCGCGGCUCGUCCCCUCCAGGCCCGGACGCCGCCGCGGGCCGUGCCGGGUAGGGCGCUCCGGGAGCUGCGCGGCUGCUGCUCGAGGAGGCCUGGCGGGCGGCGGCGAGAGGCUGUGCCCCAGUUUGUGUCCAAUCAGGGAGUGCGGGCUGUGCCCCGAGCCGGGCAGCAAUGCGUAAACAAACCCACUGCAACUCCUCCGCCCCCUCGGCGCGCUCGCCCCGCGCCCGCCGCCGCCGCCGCCGCCGCCGGCUCUGCUCGCCUAGCGCCCGCCCGCCGGGCCGCCCCCCCCACCGCCCCGCCCGCGGCCCCGCCCCACCCCCGCCGGCGCGGGCGCCCUCACCUACCGCCCCACGCGCGCGCGCGCUCGCGCACCACGCGCCCCGCGCGGCCCGCCCGGCUCGUGGCCUCCCGAGAGCAAGGUAAGGGCGAUGCGCUGGGACCCGGGCGGUUUCCCCGCCCGGCGUGGCCGGGGGAAGUUUCUGGCGUCGCCGUAUUCCGCUGGGCCGGGAGGAGGCCCCCGGCGGCAGGGGAGCCCAGUGAGCGGGAGGGGGCCGCCAGACGCCUGGGGGUCACAAGUUGCCUAACCUGCCAUCGGGGCGGGCCGGCGGGCUGCGCGGCGGGGCGGGCGUCGCGCCGAGAGGGGCUGGAAGCGCGGCGGGCGAGGGGAGGGCCCCGAGGAACUUUCUCCUCCCCGGAGGGGCUCCUGCCAGCCCCGGCCGCGGCCCGGCCGCCGGAGCGGCUGGCUCCCCGGCUGGAGGGAGCCCCGGCAGCGCCUUCUCCGAGGAGGGACGAGCCGAGGCGGCGCUCGGGCCCUUCCCCCCGCCCGGAGCCGCGCGCCCCGGCGCCUAGUUGGGGGGCUGGGGGCUCGGGGCGCGAGCAUCCAGUGGAGGCCGGGAGUCGGGCCCCGGCAGCGCGCGUCGCUUCCGUUUUGAUUAGCUCGGGUUAUUAUAUAAGAUGUCACGGAGAGGAAAGGGGCGAGCGGGCGGCGCGUUGGCCUUCCGCGAGGGGCGGGGAGGGGCGGGAGUCAGGGCCAGCGGGGACCCACCUGUGCGCCCUCCUCGCCCCCUGCGGGUGUUGCCCGCGCGCCUGCCGGGGACGGGGAGGUGCGGGGCGGCGGCCGGGUGGACCGACGUGCCCGCAGCUCCCCUCCCGGCCCCGGGAACAUUCGGGCAGCGGCCGAAACGUGCUGUUUCUUCUCCGCCGCCUUGCCUGGGUCUACUCGUUUCUGGCUCCGGGCGUUUGUACUUUGAAACAUUUGUUUAAUAUUAAAGAAGCUGCGUGUGCGGCCGUCCUAGUGCGCUCGGAACGUGUGGCCGUGGGCUCCGGGGCGGUUAAUGAAUCAUCGCCCCGCAGACUGGGCGCCGAUGAUUCCUGCGGGGUCCACCCCGCGCAUACUCCCGGUGUGCCUCUGACCCAGGGACGGCGACCCUUCCUCGGCGGUGACGCCUUGGAGGGCCGCGGGAGAGAGAAUGCAAAAGGGCGGCGGCUUAUUUUUCCCCCUCCUCCCGCAAUUUGGGGGAACUUUGGGGGUGGCAGAGUCCCCACAUUUCCCGAGGCUUGUUUCCCGUUGUUAGAAGAGUUAACAAGAUUCCACCUGGCUGUGUUGAUGAGUCGGUGGAGGAGCGCUGAUUCGCUGCAGGGUUGGAUCGUCUCUCAUUCAGAAUCUGGAUGGCUCUGAAGGAAUCCUUCUAAAGCAAAAUAACUAAGACUGCAGUGUUGAUGAUGACUUCGUACAGUAGUCAAAGGUCUUCUUGGAAAUACUUGAACAUUAUCAAGGCAAAUACCUUUCAGCUCAGGCCACCGUAGGCUAGAUUUGAAGUCGCAAGAAGGAGUCAAUGAAAACAGCUUUACUGCAUGAAAACAACCUGUAUUUUCUUCAAUUAUAAUCUAGUGUUCUAAAUUCUACCAUCUUUUAAGGCUUAAUUAAUGAGUCAAUAAACCAGAAGUAUUUUGUGGUAUCCAGAAAA